CCGUUAAGAUGGGCUCUUUGCAACGUUUUAACGCGUUUUUAGUAAUAUUUUGCGGCCUUUCGCGUGUUUUGUGCGUCGAUUACUGCCAGAUUGAGAGAGAAAAAUGCGCGUCAUUGCCUCACAUUGGGUGUAAUGAAACUGCCGUCACUUUCGAGGUCAAUCCAAAUUGUUCAAACAUAAAAGUAGUAGAGUUAAAAAACAGCGUGAAAAACUACAUUCUCGACGUGCACAACGAGCUACGGGAUAAAUUGGCGUCUGGAGCUGUGGGGAAUUAUCCGCCCGCAAGUCGGAUGCUGGAAAUGUUUUGGGACGACGAACUCGAAGCAACGGCCUGCUUUCACGUGCAAUAUUGCAUGUUUGAGCAUGAUAAAUGUCGCGCGACGCCAUCCUACAAGUAUCCAGGACAAAACAUCCGGAUAUCGCACUACACAAAUUUUCCCCAGACGAACAUCAAGAAGGAGCUGUACAACGGAAUUCUUGAUUGGUUCAACGAAUACGAGGAUGUCAAACCUUCCAUUGUCGACAAAUACGAAAAUCGACCGAAUCACAAGCAAUACGGGCAUUUUACGGCAAUGGCUAAAGACAACAAUGAUCGAAUCGGAUGUUGCUACAUUACGUACGAAAACUUUUAUGACAACACAGAAACUAUCGAGUACAGUCACUUGUUCACGUGCAAUUAUCGAGAGACAAAUUUAAUUAAUCGCCCGGUGUAUCUCAAAGGCAAUGCAACAAGUAAGUGCGGAGACGUUGGACCAGGAUAUGCGGCAAAUAACAAGCAAUAUCCUCAUUUGUGUGCAAAUUCACUCGUAAGAGAGGAGUUGACACUGCCAGAUGAGCCGAAAUCACUCGAAAUUGAAACAAUAGUCGACAGUGAAACGCAAUAUUGUGAGAUUGGUCGCACGAAAUGCGGUAGAAAUAAACACAUUGGGUGCACCGAGUCAUCUGGCUUUGAGCUAAAUGAGAUCUGCAUGAAUAUUGAAGUGCACAACAUGACAGACAUGUAUCAGAGUGUGUUGUUGACGGAAAAUAACAAAUAUAGAAAUUUGAUUGCCAGUGGGACAUUUAAUGAUUUUCCGGAAGCGUCAAAGAUGCAGGAAUUGGAAUGGGACAAACAAUUAGAAGAUGUUGCCUGCCAAUAUGUCAAGUACUGCCAGCCAACGCAACCUGCCGAAUGUCUUGCCACCCUCGACCAUGACUUGCCUGGGCAAAGUGUCUACCACAGGUACAGCGACAAGAAAAUCACGAAUCACGCAAAGAUAUUGCAAGAAGCUGUGCGUAACUGGUUCAAUCAAUCAUCUGCCGCAUCACCGGACAUCAUUGACAACUACCAGAAUGUCGGCACCGAAUACUACGGCAGUUUCGCCCUCAUGGCACGCGAUGCUCAAAGCAAAAUGGGCUGUUGUUUCAUCACGUACGAGGAAAAUAUCAACGAUUAUCCGUGGCAAAGCCAUUUAGUGUCGUGUGUGUAUGAAAACGUGAAUUUUCUCAACACAAAAAUCUACGAAAAGGGAAAAGCGGCAAGUGAAUGUCGCAAAAUUGGCGAAAAUUAUGUGACGAGUGAAACGUAUCCGAAUUUGUGUGCGAAAAAUACGAGCAAAAUCGAAACCAAUGAAAUUUUCGAAGAAAAAGUCAUCAACUCUGAAGUCGAAGAAGAAAGUAUAAACGAAAUUUCCGACAAUCCAGAAGAAAAACAACCAGAUUCCGUCGUUUUAAGUUCUCGAUUCGAUGACUACGAAGAAAAUUUCUUAAACAUUUCGCAUUAUUGCCAAUUGGAAAUUGAGAAAUGCGAAGGUAGACGACAUAUUGGAUGUGAGACUGAUCCUGGAUUAGAGGUAAAUCCGGAGUGCAUUGACAUCGAGGUCGUUGAAAUUACGGAGAAAAUGAAGCGUUUAGUGGUAAAUUUGCAUAACAGUUACCGAAGUGCCAUCGCAGGCGGUAAAGUCAAAGGUUAUCCAUCCGCCAGUAAAAUGCUUGAAGUGGAAUGGGAUCCUGAAUUAGCGGAUGUCGCAUGUCAUCACGUCACAAAAUGCCGAAUGCAGAGCGAUGAGUGUCGCGCUACAGACUCUUACGACAAUCCAGCGCAAAAUUUCUACGGUACUUAUGCCGAUCGUCAACAGCCUAACCACACAAUGGUUUUACUGCAAGGAAUUCGCCAUUGGUUUCAGGAACACAAACAGGAUGCCGGAUCCGAUAUCAUUCGUUCGUACAGAGCACCGGGCAAUUCUUAUCGCUUCCUCACAAUGGUCCGAGAGAACAACGACAAAAUUGGCUGUUGUUACAUCCAAAACAAAUUCGUGAUGCCAACAAAGACGUGGUACAGUCACAUGUUUACGUGCAACUACCGGGAAAAUAAUGAGCGUGGAACGAGUGUUUAUGCCAUGGGGAAACCUGCAUCGGAAUGCCAUCAAUGGGGAUCGGGUUACAAAAAGAGCGCUGUGUGGAAAAACUUGUGUGUGAAAAGUUGAAUCGCAUUGUCACACGAAAAAAAAAAUAAAAAUUGUUGGUGCACAAUUUAAUUUUAAAUUGUAAACAUUUUUGCGAGGGAAAUAGAAAGAUUGGAGAGAUAAGAUAAAAUUCUGUAUUGAAAGGAAUAGUUUUUUUUUUGUUGAAAGAGAUAGAAUAAGGAUUCCAUUUUUUUGUAUGGUAUGCCAUUCACAGAAACCUUUUUCUAUGGAUGAUGAACG